UAAUGCGGAUGAUGAUGACACUAACAUGGAUGAUCAAGUUGAUGAUGAUAUGAUUGAUGAUGAUAGUGAUCCGGAAGAUGAAAUUGAUGAAGAUUAUAUCUAUCGAUGAAUAUUUUGUCUUGUUUCCAAAUGAUUUCCAUUUUAACAUCAUGGAUCUUGCGGAUUUUAGGAUGGGCAUCAAUCCUGGACCCCCCAUCAUGAGUAGAGAGGAAUUUGAAACUCGGAAAGCUGAUCUAUGGAGGAAGCGUGCAACGGAAUCUGUUGCUGCAAAGGGAUGUCCAAAGGGUGUCACACCUAAGUACAGCUUGAAGCCUCUUGUGCCAAGCCUGUCUGAUAUAAAGCCUGAUAUUGAUGUUGAGAAAAUGCUUUUCUAGAUAUUUUCUUUGAAGAAACUAUUGUUGCUAUUCUUCAUUUGAACUGUUACUACUUUGAUUUGAAUUUGGAAACUUUCAGUUUUAAUUUUUGUCAAAUUUACUUUCUAUAUACU